CCCCAUCGUAUUUCACACCUCGAGUCGCAAAACACAUCAACCACUGUACAGCGUCCCCCAACCCACUCGACCUCCCACAGCGAUAACAACAUCGACAACCGGAACGCGGCACACACCAAUCGCCCACAAUGUCCGCCCCGGACCAAGACAACCAAGAUCAGCAACACCUUCCCUCCCAGCCCGAGCCUCACCAGACAUCAACACAAACACAGGCCCAAGACCACGCCGUUCAACCCCCGCCGCCAGCGGAGCCCGGAACGCACACGGCCGUCGCAACAUCGACGACAGUAGAAACAACGACAGCGGUACAGCGGCAACAACAGGGGCAGGAACAAGAGCAGCCGCCGGCCUCCCCUCCCCUCCCGCAGAAGCACGCUCUCGUGACCCCCGGUCCGCGCGCCACCCGCUUCACGCAACUCUACGAUCUCGCCCUCCAGCGGACCCUCCAAAAGGUUGCCUACGACAACUUCGCCGCCUGCUUCCCGACUAUCGCCGCCCAUGCGCCCAAUACCCUGCGCAACGUCCAGAAGCAGAUGGUCGACUACCUUGAAGAGAGGUGCAACAAGGACUUCCAGUCGAUCCUCGACGAUCGCGACGUCAUCCGGAAAUUGAACGAAUUCGAGAACCUCGUCAGCGACGCAGAACGUAGGAGACAAGAAAGCGGCGCCUCGGCCGAAGAACCAAUUCCACCACAUCUCCUACCCCCAGACGACGUCCUCGCCGCCCACCUUGCCCCGCGCCUUGCAUCUCAGCAGUCCCACCUCAACGCUCGCCUCCAAAACACCCAGGCUUCCAACGAGUCCCUGUUCGCCGCCAUCCAAGCCCAGCGCGCCGAGAUCGACGCCCUCCUUGCCCAGCUCGAGAACCACGUCGCCGACAUUGACGGCGCCAACGCCAUGCUGGUGGACGUUGCGCCCGAGCUGGCCGCUGAGGCGCGCGCCUCCGAGGCCCAGAUGUCGAGUAUGUCGUGAACAAGAAAUCAGGAGACCUAGGGGGAAGGGGUGGGUGUCCCCGGUCCCGAGGACCUAAAAAACGGAACACGCUUUUCGCAGACAUUGUUUUUAUGGGAUGCACGAGAUACCAAUUUGACACUACCGAAGACUUCAGGCUCUCAUCGGGCGUUUUUCAUAGCCGAUGUGAGUGAAGCAAUGGCGUACGGACAUUCACCGGAGUUCAGUCUUUGCAUGAACAACCUAACGAACAACAUCCUUUUCUUUCCAGAAUUGAAAAAUAUCAGACGUGUGCUGCGGGGUUUGGUCUGGCAGAUAUAGCUAUCAACAUGGCAUACGAUGUCGUUGAAUCAGCUCAACAAUUGCCAGAGUGUUGGUCACAAUUCUGAAACAUAAUGUAUUC